AUGGCCUACUACGACGAUCGUCCGCAUCGUUCCGCCCGCGAUCGAUACCGCCCCCCCUCCGACUACGAGCAGGACCCCUACUACCAUCACGAUUCCCGCAGCCAUGCUCCUAGCGAAAUCGUCCGCCACCGCGACGGAUACAGCGAAUCGGCCGAUGACCUGCACCGCAACUACCCGCCCCCGAGCGACUAUGGCUACGAAUACGGAUACGGGUAUCCCCCGAACCCCAGACGCUCCCGCGUAGCCACCGUGCAGGAGGGCGUCCGCAGGUCCCAGUCGCUGGCUGGCGGACGAGGCGAUGCGUACUACGACGACUCGGAGUAUGCGUAUUCGCGGUCUCGUCACGAGCGCCGGUCGAGGUAUGACGGUGAUCGACGUAUGUGUUUCCCCCCCCCCCGCGGCGGGAAUCGAUACGUUGGGGAAGAGUUCAUGGCUGACCCCGAAAAAUUUCCAGGAGACCGUGAUCACCGGAAAUACUCUCGUUCUCCGUCCAGUAGCCGCUCACCGCCCCGCCGGCGCAAGUCCUUCUCUGAACAGGCGCUGGGUGCUCUCGGUCUGGGUGGUGCGGCGGCGUCCUCGACCGCGUCGAUGAGACACCGGGAUCAUGACCGGGGCCGACACGGUGGCCGUGGUCGAUCGUACUCGAAUUCCCGCUCGCGAAGCCGUAGCCGGGACCGCGGCGGCCGCCAUCGGGAUAAGAGCGAGCAGCGCAUGGCGCAGGCGGUUCGUGCGGCGCUGACUGCCGGUGCCGUGGAGGCCUUCCGCGUCCGCAAGGAACCUGGCCAGUGGACCGGGGACAAAGGUAAGCGGAUCCUCACGGCGGCGAUCACGGCCGCAGGCACCGACGGCCUGGUCGACCGCAAUCCCGACAAGCACUCGAAGCGGCAUAUCCUCGAGUCGACGCUGGCAGGGCUCGCCGCCAACCAUUUCGUCAACGGGCCGCGCCCGCCCUCGCGCUCGCGCUCUCGUCGUGGUCGCUCCGACAGUGAGGGCAAGCUGAAGAACUUGGCUGCCACGGGGGCCUUGGCGGCGGUGGGCAAGGAGGCGUACGAGCGCUUCCGGUCUCGGUCUCGGCCGCGACACCGGGAUCGAUCCAGCUCCCGCGACAGCUACGACGACGGCUCCCCACGGCCCCGUCCGUCCCACAAGCGGAGCAAGAGCGUGACCGACUACAUCAACCAGGGCAUGGCGGCGCUGGGCCUGUCGGAGAAGGACAAGGCGCGGGACAGCGACAGAGACAGAGACAGAGACAGAGACAGAGACCGGAGGAAGGAUGACCGGCGCGGAAGACACCGCGGACGGCCGUCCCGCUACAGUGAUUACUCGGACAGUGACCGGGAGAGUGACUAUGAGUCCCGACGGGGCAGGCACUCCAGAGAAGUAGGUCGACCUCGUUCCAUUCAAAGCAUGCAGCAGCCGUCGUCUUCCGCCAUCGCCAUGUCGGGAGCCCGGGGCCACCCGUACCGCGACGGCUCGGACAAGGAUUCAUCUUCUGACCUAGGCAACAGUACCGAUGAGGAGAAGACACGCAAGAAGCUCAACCGGCAGACGCUCGUGACGACCGGCCUGGCGACCGUGGCGACGAUCCACGCCGCGCACAGCCUCCACGGGAGCAUGGAGAAGCGCAAGAAGCGCAUGCAGAUGGUCAAGGAUGGCGAGAUGUCGCCUGAGGAGGCCCGUCGCCGCCGCGUCAAGGCCAACCUCGCCGACGCCGCCAACGUCGGCUUCGCCGCGCUGGGCAUCAAGGGUGCCGUCGCCGAGUGGAAGGAGGCCGACGAGAAGCGCAAGGAGCGUGCCGAGUUCAAGCGCCGCUGCGCCGAGCACCAGGCCCGCCGCCAGGAGCGCCAGCGCGCCCACAGCCAAGGCGCCGCCCACCCCCCGUCCUGGCGCACCAUGUACCCAGACGAAAUCGAGGAGAAUACCAGUUCGUCCGGAUAUUCGCGGAAGGUGCGCUCGCCCAGCGCCGGGGCGGACUCACGGUACCGGUCGUCGUAUUGGCAUUGA